AUGGGCCCCGUAUUUCCCCUCCUGGCCUUACUGCUGCUCCUCAUGCCCGGGGCGGUUGCCUAUGGCUUCAGGAACUGUAUCCAGUCCAUGGAGAACCCACAAAGCUUCCGGUGCAUCCAGCGCUUCCUGAAGGACAUAAUCAGCGCUGUGGGCGACCUGCCGCCCAAUGCCACGUUAGUCAACGUCUCCCACAACUUCAUCAGCCGCCUGCCUGCGGCCAGUUUCCGCCACCUGCCACACCUGCAGCAGCUGCAGCUGGUCUGUAACCGCCUGGAGACGAUAGAGGAUUGGGCUUUCGAGAACCUUGGCGCCUUGCACACGCUCAACUUGUCCAACAAUCACCUGGCCAACCUGUCCGAAGGAGCCUUCCGAGGCCUGGGUAACCUCAUCAACCUCUCCCUGAGCAAUAACCCCCUGAGCACGAUUCACCCCCGCGCCUUGCAGCCCCUGGGCAACCUCCGCACCUUGGACCUGUACUCCUGCCGCCUGGUGAGCUUCGCCGACGUGGCCUGCAGCCUGCAGGGGUUGAGGAGACUGCGGGUGCUGAACCUGUCCUGCAAUAGGCUGAAUUCUCUCCGUUCCAGCUGUCCACUCCCCCGCUCCCUCUCCAUCCUGCAUCUGUGCAACAAUUCACUCCAGGCCGUGGACGGCGGCGGCUCACAGCUCCUGCGCCACAUCAGGAACCUGGACCUGUCCUAUAACAACAUCUCCAACGUCACUUCCUUUGCUGGCGCCGGGCUCCAGAACCUCAGCUACCUGCUGCUGAAGGGGAACCCCUUGGAUGUCUUCCACCUUCUAAAUGUGUCCAGCCUGCGGCCUCGCAGGCUGGACUACUCCGGCCUGCACUUAGGCAACGAAGGCGUGAGCAAGGUCUGCCAACGCUUGGGCAAGCACCAACUCAAGCACCUCCGGCUGCAGAGCAACAACAUCCGGGAGCUGAGGAAUGUGUCCCUCGCCCUGUGCCCGCCGAUCCGGACUCUGGACCUCUCGUGGAACAAGCUCAGGUGGCUGGACUGCGUGGACAAGUGGCAGCACAAGCCUCUGGAGAGCCUGGUGGUGGAACAUAACCUGCUGAACCGACUUAGCACCUGCCAAAGCUCCUCCUCUUUGAAGAAGUUGCAGAAUAUCAGCUUCCGCUACAAUCGCAUCCUCUCAGUCAAAUACUGGGCAUUCAGAUACGCCCCCAAUUUGCGCAUCCUCCACCUCAACAUCAACACCAUCGCCUACCUGGACAAACACGCCCUGAAGGGGUUGUACUACCUCACUGAGCUGCGGCUGGAUAACAACCUGCUGACCGACCUCUACAAGUCCAGCUUCGCCGACCUGGUCAGUCUCCAGACCCUCAACCUCCGCAAUAACCGCGUCUCCAUCCUCUUCCCCUGGGUCUUCGGGAAACUCUGCCAGCUCCAGAUCCUGGACCUGGGGGGCAACAACAUCCGCAACUUGACCAAUAAGUCAUUCAGCGGGCUAAGCAGCCUCUCCAAACUCUACCUGGAUGGCAACUGCAUCAAGAAGAUCAGCAGUGACAUUUUCUACCCGGUGCAGGCCACGCUGGAGGUGCUGGAUUUGACGGGCAACAAACUGCAAUACAUCACCAAGACGCAGCACAAGAGCCCACCCUUCAGGCACCUGCACAAACUCUAUGAUCUCAAGCUACAAGGUCAGCAGCCGUACGGCAUGAAAAUCAUCCCCGCCAAGUUCUUCCAAGGCCUGGCCUCACUGCGCUCCCUCUAUCUGUCAGAGAACAAGCUGCUCUCCAUCUCCCCAGAUGCCUUUGACGACCUCGCUCAGCUGCAGUACUUGAGCUUGGCUGACAGCUGCAAUGGCAUGCAAGAUCUGCCGCCUGGGAUCUUCAAAAACCUCCGCCGCCUGCAGAAACUGAACCUGGAGAACGUGGGGCUCCACUCGCUGACACUGGAGGUCUUCGGGAACCUCAGCAACUUGACCUCGCUGCUCCUGGCCAAGAACCAGCUGCAGACCGUCAAUGUGAGUGUGGCCAACACACUGGGCUUGCUCAGGUACCUGGACCUACGCAAAUGCCCCUUGAGCUGCACCUGCGAGAACCUGUGGUUCCAGAACUGGCUGACCAACAGGCGGGUGCAGGUGGUGUAUCUCUACAAUUACUCCUGCGACUCCCGCCAGCAGCUGGGCUACGUGUACAGUUUUGACACACACGUCUGCUUCCUGGACGUGGGGCUGUACUUGUUCUCCGUCACCACCCCGGCGCUGCUGCUGCUCAUGCUGCUGCCCCUGGUCUACCACCGGGCCUACUGGCGGCUCAAGUACCAUUUCUACAUCCUGCGCUCCUGGGUGAACGACCGCUGGAGGAGGCAGGAUGGGGAGCACUUCCAGUACGAUGCCUUCGUCUCCUACAACUCUGCCGACGAGGGGUGGGUGCUGGAGCAGCUGGUGCCGAGCCUGGAGAGCUGCCAGGGCUCCUUCCGCCUCUGCCUGCACCACCGGGACUUCGAGCUGGGGAAGAGCAUUGUCGACAACAUCGUGGAUAGCAUCUACAACAGCCGCAAGACCAUCUGUGUCAUCAGCCGCAGCUACCUGCAGAGUGAGUGGUGCUCUCUGGAGAUCCAGCUGGCCAGCUACCGGCUCUUCGAGGAGCUCAAGGACGUCUUGGUGAUGGUGCUCCUGGAGGCCAUCCCCGACAGGGAGCUGUCCGCCUACCACCGCAUGAGGAAGGUGAUGCUCAAGAAGACCUACAUCAGCUGGCCCCCGGAGCCUGCGGCCCAGAGGCUCUUCUGGACCAAGCUACGGAAGGCUCUGAAAGGCAGCUACACGGAGGAGGAGGAGGAGGAGGAGUUGUAUCCAUUUGACGAGGAAGAUAAGCCGCUCCUAGAGUCCACAUCCCAGCUUGGCUAA